AUGUUUUUGCCACGAAGGGAACGAGGUGAGCACAAACAGCGGGAUUAUUGGACAGUUCGUUUUGGUUAUUAUGGAAAUUGGGAGAAAAGUUCGAUUAUGGUGUGGGAGGGAUACGUUAGGCGGGUUUUGUAUGUUUAUGAAUUUGGAAUCACUUUUGGAGGCGUGAAGUUGGGAAUUUCAUAGUUUUGCUCAUUUUAUUUAUAUUAUAUUCAAAAAUUCUUGCUGAACGUUUCAAAGGAGCACAGGAGAUUUUGAAUUAAGGUCUUAAAGCGAAGAAGAGCUGUUAUCAGCUUUACCCUAGGACUUUGAAGACUUCUGCGCCUUGAAACAUUUUUUUUUUUUGAAAUCGUUGAAUAAACUUUUCUGCUCUUCAUUUUACCUCACGUAAGGAAUGUUCAACGAAAUAGACUUGGAAUAGGUGUAAUUUUGCUCUUAUUUUGUCUUUUUUUCGACCUUCCCUGUGUGUUUUCCGUUUGAUAGGGCAAGUUCUUCAUUAUUUCUUCGAACACAAUCAGUUUUGUGUAACAUUCGCAAGUUGAACUUGGCUUUAUAAAUAAUUUUUCACUUUGAAUUUCUAAAGUUAAUUUUACGAUAUGGCUAUGAUUUGGGCCCAAGAAAUUAGGAUUGAACUUUUGCUUUUAGUUUUAUCUCAUCCUGUAUAUAUUUUACUGAAUUUUUUUCUUUUCCAAAAUUUUAUGUCCUUCAUAGUUUUUUUUUUAUUUUCUUUCUUUUUGGUGUUGAAAAACCAUAGGGAAAAUGUAUAAAGUUUGGAAAAAAAGGAGAAAAAAACUUUUACGCGUGUGAAUUCAGAACCAAAAGACUUUUUGAGUUUUAGAAAAAUCAGAGCGGCUUCCAAAAUUUUUAGAAGCUUUUAAAGACUGAUAAAAACCAUUCUGACAAAAAAUGUUCCAAGGAACUCUCAUAACCUUAACUUUGAACUCUCAGUACUUUUCAGUUUUUUUAUGCUUAUUUUUGAUUAGUUUAAAAGAUUUAUUCAGUUUUUUCAACAUUAGAAAUAAAAUUGUACUAUUUUUUUCAAAUUUUAAAAACCUUUCUUGUUCCGUUUUUUUUUCCAUUUUCUUUUUGACGGCUUCUAAUCUCAAUCAUUCUUUUGAUUUCAGUAUGUAAAAGAGUCGCAUUCGGAAUAACAAUCAUGUUACUCGUCGUGUUAAUCUUUCUCCUCGGCUCCAUUUAUUCGACGUCCGGAACUCGGAAUAAGCUCCUCACCGACCGUGAUGACGUCACCGUCUUGCUCGGCGAGCAGUCGAAUGUCACAUUCUUCGUCGCGUUAGUUAUUUCUGAAUUUUUAUCUAAUUCCAUGUCAAAAAUGUUAAUUUUCUCGGUUUGAAUUUGAAUAUUCGCUUCGAAAUGUAAAUUUGGUCGUGUGAAGGAAAAUUUUUUUUAAAUUCAAUUUUUUUAGACGCGAAAAAAAUUGUCGUUUAAGGCUUAAUUUUUUUCAUUUAAAAGCUUGAUACACGUCAUUUCGAUAUAAAAAUAGUAUCAUGAUUUUUGACACGUGAAAAUUUUUUUCUUCUUGCCAUACGAGACAUAAAACGGUCUAAAACUUUAAAAUAAACUAGAAAAGUUGUGAAAUGUGGAAAAAAAUGUAUUUCUCAACAAAAUUUUUUCCAGAAACGCCACCUCGGAGAAGAUCGCCCUGUACCUGAGCAGCUCCCCAGCCCUCGAUUUUCCUCCAGUCUUGGAACUUGUCGAUGGAAAAGCGGUCCUUCCUCUUUUUGGCAAAAGUCUCUCUUCUGGAAUCAUCGUCGAAGUUCUGAAUUGCACGACGAGUCUUCAGAAUUCAACAUGUCCUUUGGAGUUGGUCCAAACCUUGGGUCCAUGGAAAUUCGGCUCGGAAAUUUGACCUACUAGUACUACAGUAGUAUUUAGCAGUUUAGUAGUACCACUGAGACCUCUAUAGUGGCCACUAAUUUUUAACCCUUAAGUGGUCACUAAUUUGACUACUAAACGUCGAAACCCUAUAGUGGCCACUAAAAACUUUCCAAUUUUUUUGAUUCGAAAUUUUUUCAGCUGCAAAAAAAUGAUUCUUAAAAAGUGAUUCACAAAAAAAAACCAAAUUCACCUUUGCAGUGAUUUUAAUUCCGCUGCGGUUGUUUCGAGGCGCGCCGGACCUAAAACUACUUUCGCGUAGAUCCAUAGGAAAUCAAUAAAGAAAGCGUACUAGGUAAAUGUUUUGAAUAAAACUCCUUCGAGCCAUUCCAAAUGCGACCAGUGAAUUUUUUUCAUUAUUAUUUAUCGAUGGAGCGCAAAAUCAAGAGAUUUUCUGUACUUGAGAUUUUCUUAGAUCUUUUUUCACUUUUCUGAAAAUUUACCUCUCGAGCUGAGUUUCCAUGGACUUCAUAACAUACACAAAUAAUAAAAAUCCUUUAUUUUUAGUUUGACGGAAGCUUUCGUCCGAGUGACGGUGAUUCGAUCCAAAUUCGUAGAUUUACUGGUGGAUCUCGUCGGCUGGGCUUACUUUUUCGCCUGGAGCAUCUCUUUUUACCCCCAGAUGUACUUGAAUUAUAGAAGAAAGAGGUUUUUCUGACCUCUAAUGAGAGUUGGAAUGGGAUUUUCCAGUGUGAUUGGUCUGAAUUUCGACUUUUUGACGCUGAAUGUGAUCGGAUUUGCGGCCUACGCCUGUUUCAAUCUUCUGAUGUACUUCAAUAGUCAUGUCAAGGUUUGUUUCAAAAAAAAGGCCUGAGUUGAAAUAAAAACGGUACACUAACGACCUUGCUCGCAAAAAAGCUGAUUUGCAACCGCGUCAGGCAUCCGGCGCGAUAUCGCGUGUCGCGUUUUCUUUGGCGCGAUGUCGCGUUUCCUUGGGCGCGAUAUCGCGUUUUCAUUGGCGCGAUAUCGCGAUUUCCUCGGCGCGAUAUCGCUUUUUUUUCAGUUGCGAGAGAAAUGCGAUAUCGCGCCGGGAAAAAUACGAGUCCAGCGGAAAAGCGGUUAAUUUGCGAUGUCGUUCAUGUACCGCCAGCGAUAUCGCCUUUCUCUCGCGUUGGGCUAGACAUAUCUUUUCAGUGGGAGCAAAAUGACAGCCAUUCAGGAUUUUUCCCAUAAGAAUCUUCAUUUUUAGUCGAUUUACCACGCCGAACACCCGCAUUCCCCGCCGCCAGUUCUUGCCAACGACGUCGUCUUCGCGGUUCACGCCUUCUUCGCCUGUGUCGCCACGGCCCUUCAGUGCCUUUUCUAUGAAGUCUACAACAUCUCCAAAAAUCCAGAAUGUUCAAAUAUGUUCCAGAAAGAUAAUCAGAAGAUCUCCACGCCGUGUGUCUUCUUCGGCCUGGGUCUCAUUUUGUUCGGAGCCGGCUCGGGAGCCGUGACGAUUCUCCACUUGAUCAGCAUCCUCGCCUUUGUUUCCAGCCUUUCUUAUAUCAAAAUGGCGGUGACCAUGUCCAAGUACUUCCCACAGGUUCGUCUUCAAAAAAUGAGUUAGUUGAACACUUAACUGAAAUUUCUGUUUCUUGAGGAAUAUUUUAAUCAUAUUGAGAGUUUUAAAAAAGUUUAUUUUUUCGUUGAUCAUUGCCGUGUAAAAGUAAUUCCGCAUGUUUCAAAAUUAUCGUCAGAAAGUGAAAAAGAUAACUUUUUUUGUUUGCGUUAAUUUUUGAGAGUCAGGGAUAAUUGAAAUUAAUUCGCUGAUACAAGGUUGGCUUGAAUCAUCGAAAAAAAGGUUUUGACACGAAAAAAAAAGAGUGCCUGGUUGGUGGAGAGCGCAGACAGGCCACGCCCCUUUCGCGUCCCAAAUUUGCCGUGAAUCGGCUAUUAUACCUAUUGUCAUCAACUUUGGUCAUUUACCUUUGCAAUUGGGAAUUUCCUGAAAAGUGGUCAGAACACUUCUUGAUGUACGUAAAGAAGAUCCUGAAAGUCUCAACCGGCACAACUUUCUGGUUUUCGAGAAAUAGAGGCUCAAAAUAGCCUAUUUUAACGGGUUUUGAGCUUUAUCUUGUUAAAAAAUGAUGGUCAGUCGCCCCCCCUUCCUUCCCUUACUUACUGAGUUCUUCACCCCACACUUUCACCCAACGCUGUCUUUCAAUAAGUGUCCGAUUCCAGGCCUACUACAACUUCAUCCGGAAGAGCACGGUGGGCUGGUCGAUCGGCAACGUCCUCCUGGACCUGACCGGCGGGACCCUCGACAUCUUCCAAAUGGUCCUCCAGGCGGUGAACGCCGGCGACUGGAGCGCCUUCUACACGAAUCCCGUCAAGUUCGGCCUCGGACUCGUCUCGAUCGUGUUCGACCUGGUCUUCAUCCUGCAGCACUACGUCCUCUACCCCGAUUCCGAAGUUCCUCGUUCCGAAUACGACGGCGUCGAGAACCCGGUUGCCCCUCAAUCUGAGCCAGUUCCCCAAGACGAACUCAGCACCCAUUCGCCCAUCUUGCCUUCCAGAAAUGACCUCUAG